AUGCCAGGUAGAAUUCAUGGGUUCUUAGGAGGAGUGUUGUUCACUGCCUCAUUAGUAUAUUAUACUGGAGAAUACAUAAAGAAAGAUCAACAAUUCAUUUCCAGACAAUUGCAAAUUUCAAAUACUGUCGUCAAUGAAAACAUCAUCUCAGGUAAAUCACUUGAACCAAUCCAUAAAGCUCCACCAAAAGUGAUUCAGUAUAAUGGAGGUUUUUAUGAAAGUGCCAAAGAUAUAUGGAACGAAGAGAUAUUUAAGAUGGUGAAUUGGUUAUAUAGUAUAAAUUGGUACGAACUUGGAGUCAAAACCGAUGAAAAAGUAAUGAAAUUGACUGACAAAUUGGCCGACCAAGUUAAAAAGUAG